GUAUCCUUCCUCGUCGUCGCGACGCCUCACAUUCUACCUUGUCCAGUUGACCCGCGAGUGAUGGCAGAUUCUACAGAUCCAGAUGCGUUCUCAGGGAAGAGGAGACGGAGGAGGAUACCGAGGGAAGAGACUUGUAACGAUGUCAUGAGCGAGGAGCGGCGGAGAAUCAAACAAGAGAUUGAGGAUUGGAAGGUGCCAAAACGAGAGUGCCCUGUGCCAAAGCCGGGCGGUCUGAUUGGGCAGGUUCUUGGUAUUAGGAAGGAUAGCGAAGAGGCAGAG